AUGAACUCCAACCGCUCCCGUCCCGAUAGCCGGGCUGGCCGUGCUAGCGAGCGCGUUACCUUUGAUGAGAUAGCGCUCAGUGACGACGAACGUAUUGCCACAGUUUUCCACCCCAUGAAGGCCUUAGCCAACCGUAACGAGGCCGACGAGCAAGCGUUGGGGGACGAGCGGGAGAGGCGCGGGUUCUCCCGCAACUACCGCGGCGAUAUGAACAAUCCCAAGAACCAGCGCGGCAUGGUUUCCGACAAUGAGAACACCAGCUUGUUCAUCACCCGGUUGCCUGCGGAUGUCACCCCCGCUCAGCUCUUGAAAGCCCUCGCCCCCCAUGGACCUUUCGGGAGGGUUUGGUCAGUCCACAUCAUCCCUGCCAAUGCCGACAAGGGCCAGACAGGGGCCGCGGCAAAGCUCAUCAUGUUCGAUCGCGCUGGGGCUGAGGCGGUAUACAACUUCAUUCACCGCGGCGGUCUUUCUUUCUACAAUGGGUCGACCGGGAUCCGGGCGAUUGUCUCCUGGAACCAGGUCAAGUCACCGCCGUCCGAUCCCCGGGGCACCAAGUCGCGCGUUCUCAUUAUCUCGGGCCCUGCCGACUUUGUCGAUGUGAAGAAGCUCAGAGCUCUGUUCAGUCGCUACUUCAUCUAUCAGGAGGAGGAAGUCAAGCUUACCUCGCAUCGGGACUCCAAGCAUGAGAUUGAGUUCAGGUUCUGCUGCUUUCACGCUCAGGCGGAGGCCGCAUCGGUCUUCCUCAGACGUUUGAAACCUUCAAGUGUGUUUGUCAAGUUUGGAGCCGACCCUCUUGCUCAGCAGCCCCCAGCAAACGCUCAGGCUCGGUCGUCUGUAGCGGAGGACCGCUGGGCCCUGUUGGGUCAGCGCAGACGUGGAGGAUCUAGUUCUUAA